CUGGGGUAUUCGUGACUGGACGUCUGGGGGGAUCACACACAUUUCCGAUUAGAGGAGAGAGGGAGAGAGAGAGAGAGAGAGAGAGAGUUUACCCUUUCAAUCCAACCAAUGAGACGGUCGAUACUCUGAGAUUUUCAGAGUUGUGCAGGAGCACAAAGUGAGCUGACCGUGUGUGAACUUCCAGGUAAAGCUAGAACCGUCUCAAGCCCUUGAGGCUGCUUCUCCAGGCUUUGAUGCCCACACUCUUUGAAGCAGGUGGACAGACACAGGCAUGAGUAAUCGUGGGACCAAAGAGCCGUCUCCCGAGCCGAGCACUGCCCAGUCUCCUCCUGAGCCUCAGCGCAGGGGCAGGGGUCGGCCCCGGAAACAGCAGCAGGAGCCUGUUGGGCCACCGACUCCGAAGAGACCGAGAGGACGACCCAAAGGCAGCAAGAACAAAGGCCCCAAAACUGCACUGAAGAAAGUAGAGCCCGUUGGUGAGAAACGUCCGCGUGGGCGACCGAGGAAAUGGCCCCGGAAAGUAGUACAAGUAGCUGAAGAGCAGCAGGGCUCUUCAGAAGAGACUGAGGAUGAUCCCUCGCAGCUCGAGCCUCAGACAUCUCAGGUUCCAGCGCAGGAGGAAGGGGAGUAGAUGGGAUGCCUUUCGACCUACCUCAAGGUUUGGCCUCAAACAAACAGGGGUCAGGGGUCUGACCCCUUUCUGUGAUGGGAAUUCAGGAACACACACAUAACCACACAAAAAGAAGUCAUUGCAGACAGUUGUUUCUUCUCCCGAUAUGAUACUGUACCCUGGUUUUAUUAGUUCGCUGUAAGAGUUUGAUGAACAAGCUCUGUUUUUACUUCGAAUAAUUUGAUCUUUCAAAAUAGCUUUUUUUUAGCAAAUAGUUUGACAUUUUGGGAAUUGUGCUUGUUCACUUACACCAAGAGUUGCAUCAAAAGAUUGAUACCAAUCUCAUAUCUGUACGGUUACUAUUAAGCUACUACCAGAAGCUGGUUAGCUUAACUUAGCAUAAAGACUGAUAGCAGUUUUUAGUUAAUUGUUCACACAGUUACUGCAAUGUGCCUUUCGAGUUUUAAAUGUGUAAGGUAAAAUGUUCAACUUCAGACUGUGUCCAGUCUGAAUGCUUCGCUUAAGAUUCAUUGUUUUUUAGAAAUCUUCUUAUCUAACUUUUGGAAAGGUUGCCAAGAAGCGUAUUUACCCAAAAAGUUAAACUAUUGCUUUAAGGAUGCCCACUCUCUUAACCUCUCUGCUUGUCUCUGAGCGGGUGUGUGGACAGGAUUGUGGGUUAAAAUUGAGAGAAAAAGGAACUAACCUUGACUGUUUUAUUGAAAGAAAAAUCUAAAUCAAGUGUCAUGAAUUCUCAUAUGAAAUGGGAGCAAGAUGGUGACAUUUUUUGUGAUGUUACAAUAUAAACAUGGUGCUCUGAAGUCAUUAUUAUAAAAGUAGAUGUGAAAGAUUUUAUUCCAAAAGGAGAUAUCCAGUUUGGGAGAAAAGAAAUGUCUUAUGUUCAUUACUCAAAGUUAAAAAGUAAUGCAUAACAAUUACCAAUUGUAUUUCCUCUUCCACCCUCCAGCAAGUAAAAAAGCACCAAAAGGUUUAUAUGGAUGUCUUGUUUUGGAAAGAAACCCUUCAUAUUUACUUUAGUCAACAACAUUGUUGGCAUGUCAUUUUACCACACUCAGGAUUUUACUAUUACAGUGCUUUUACACCAUAUUGAAACCUCAGGUACUAAAAUAUUCAGGAACAUGUUGUCAGUCUACUCAGUAAAAAUGAUUGUGCUGUGUUUGUUGUGCAUUUCUGAUUUGUGUUUGACAUUACCAGUUUGCCUUGACACAAAGACCUCAUUUAAACCUCAGAUGCCCUCAGUUUCUUAAACUCUCAUACUACCUCAGUAACAAAAAACAUCGCAACAAAAUAACUUUUCACUCCCUCUGCAGCAACAACGACACACACACACACCCUCACACAAACACACAAACACACACAAAGGGUUUUCAGGCUUACACACAAAAGCACACAUCACACACCAGCAGAGGAUUUUGCGAUUGGUGUACAAAAAAAGCAUCAUUGUAAUUUUCUUUAAAAAAUGUAUUUGUUAAAAGCUGAAGUGAGACUCCUGGGAAAACAAUGCAUCCAAUAGUUUACAAAACAACUUGAUAAAAUACUUGCUUUUUUAGGGUGUACUUCCUUAUGAAAUACUUGUUUGUUUUUUGGGUAUUUCUCAUUUUUUCUACAUCAUGGUUUUUCUCAUUCGUACACUGUAAAUUGUAUGUGGGACACUCUUAAUAAGUGUAAUUACAAAAAAAACAAGGGCAGCAAAUAACUUCAAGUUGCUGAAAUACAUGACAAGGUGGAAAUAAAUGGUGGAAAAUAAGUAAAUAAUAUUUCACACUGCAUCUUUAACCGUUCUCUUUGUUGUUCUACUCAUUUAUGAAAGGAAAAAAGGUUGUUCCUUCAUUUUUCUAUAUGGUCGUUAUAAGAGACUUUUAGUGACCCGCAACAAUUGGGCUACUAUGUGAUAGUAAUGCUGAUCGCAAAAAUAUAUUAUACCAGAAGAAUAAGUAUACAUUUGUUAACAAAUGACUCAUUGAUCAACCCAUAGUUGUUAAUUAAACUUUUAAUUUGUGGUUCUUCUUUCUAACUUGUGGUUUCAAGUCAUGCAGAUAGUUUUGUUUUUUGACCAGUUCUGAGAUAUGUGUUUCUGAAUCUCAAAUACAAUGGAAAUUAAUGGAAUUCGAUUUGUGGUCAACGCUUGUGGGGUUUAAAAGAGAAAUAAAACAAUCUGAAUGAUGUAAAAAACACAGUUUAAGGGUAACCCCUAAAUAUACUUGUUUAUCUUUAAUAAAUCAUCAUAAAUAAUCACUCAGAGUACUUGGUAAUAAUGGUAUUUCAAAGUAUUUUUUCUAUAAUUUCCAAUUGUUUAGUUAAUUAAAAAAUAAAGAAGUUUCCAGGUUCCAGUCUUUUAAUACAGUAACGUUUUUAAGACCUUGGUGGUCAAUAUUUCUGCCCUUAAACUGACAGUAAGCUUAUUUCAUUUCAUUUUUCAUAUCACUGAUGGUAUGUAAUAUCCCCAUUUGUGUAUGUAUUUCAGCAUUGUUGGGUAAAUUGCUGCCAUGGAGCUUAAUGAAUUUACAGACAGUUAUGUUUUAUUGUACAACUGCAUUGACGUUACGUUUUGCCCUUUUGGACUACCUCUAAAAAAAUGAAUAAGCCAAGGACGUCUCUGAAGAAAGUCUUUGGCUAGUGGUGUCUGACCUUUUCCACAGAACCUGCAGGAGAUGUGGAUCAUGAAAUCUUGAAAUCAUUGUCUAACUAGUACUGUUGUAGUCCACUCAUCUCGCAACAUUCACGUCACCAUAAUUAACGUAAGUCAGCCUGAAGGGCGCCUCUUAAUUUAACUACGGCUGGGUUAGUGUUUGUUGUUUUACACAAGCUGUGUCUGGAUAUUUACUCUCGAUAAGGGGACAACGUUGUUCUGUGAUCUUACUGAUAGUACAUACAGUACUUGAUCCAUAUUCAACUAUUGAAAAGUUGAAGUGUAACUUGAGAAAUCAUCUUUUAUGCCUUACUUUUAACACCAUUUUGUAGUUAUGUUAUUGAUGUGUCCUCAUCCAAUACAUUAAUACAACUCACAAACCUGUGAUAUAUGUUUUGUAAUGAUUCUUUACCAUGUGAUUUGUGUUAUUCUGCUUCUUUAUCCCUUAUCAAUAAAAUAUCACACCCAUCAACUCUUUUGUCAUGGGUUUGUACAUCAAAACCUUUUUUCUUUCAAAUUGGUUUAAAUUGUUUUAAUGUAUACAGAUGGUAACAGAUCUUCUUUGCUCAAUAAAGAGGAAACAAAACAGUGAGGGACUCCUCACUUAAGGAUGAAAAAACAUCCAGAGUUCAAGCUCAUCAGAGACAAAAGACCACAAAAUCAUUAAAACACAAGUGUGCAUUUCUCCCUUCAAACAUGGAAGUAGAUAUUGAAGCUCAGAAGAACUUCACUGAAAAGCUACCAAACA